AUGGACACGGUAGAUGCGCCUGACUGGAUGGAAGUGACGAAUGAAUCAGAUGAACCUGCCAGGAAUUAUGCCGCGAUGUUACCUAUUAAUCUGAAAGAUUAUGUGCUUAAAUGGUUUGCUGAAGACUGUCCAACGUUCGAUUAUUCCGGAUUUGUGAUUGGAAACGAAAAAAAAACAUCUACACUUUCCAUUAAAUCCAGUUGCGUGCUUGCUGGCGUGCCAUUCUUUGACAAAGUCUUUUCUCUUGCCGACUGUGAGGUAAAAUGGAUGUUUAAGGAAGGCGAUAGUAUAAGUGUCGAACCCGACAGCAGGCUUGUUCUCGCAACGGUGAAAGGCCCAUUGCGCAAACUUCUACUUGGGAAAAGGAUCGCCCUCAACGUGCUUAGCAGAUGUACAUCGAUCGCGACACAAACCAGGAAAAUGGUCGAUAUUUUGAAGAAGGCAAAAUACACUGGUCAACUCGCAGGUACACGUGAAACGACACCUGGUUUCAGACUCGUUGAAAAUUAUGGUAUGAUGGUCGGAGGUGCACAUGGUCAUCAUUACGAUCUUUCAACCAUAACUUUCUUGAAAGCUAGGCAUCUCGAAGAGCAGAAUUCUAUAAUGAGCGGGUUAAAGGCUGCAAGAUCUGCUGGCGGAUAUUCUCGCAAAAUAGCAGUAAAAGUGGCAAAUGAGAAGGAUGCGCUUUCAGCUAUAGAAAGUGGUGCGGAUAUUAUUGUAUUGGACGCCGUAAAGAUCAAGUAUGUAAAGCUUGUGGCUUGGCAUGCUAAUCAAAACGCGACGUUUGAGAAGCAUUUUAUUAUUGAAUGCACUGGUGGCAUAACACCAGAAAAUGUUACUUCUUAUAUCAGCAAUGAUAUAUCAGUAAUUUCAACCAGUUGGAUCCAUCAGGGAGUUCCCCACAUAGACUUUUCUCUAAAGACCAACGAAGAUGAUUCCAGAGCAAAAUCCAAGUGA